UUUGAGCUCCAGCCAGAGCCAUAUUCCAGCUCUGCUGCUGCUGCUGUUGCUGCUGUUGUUGCUGCUGUUGUCGUUGGCCUCAUCUUUAGCUGGCGGGGACUGCAGCAACGCCAUGGACUUUAACUAUAAGAAACUGGCCUCUGGGGCCGGGCUCUUUUUCACACGAGCUGUCCAGUUCACAGAGGAGAAGCUGGGCCAGGCGGAGAAGACGGAGCUGGACGCUCACGUGGAGAACCUGAUGAGCCGUGCAGACUGCACCAGAAACUGGACGGAGAAAAUCUACAGACAGACGGAGGUCCUGCUGCAGCCCAACCCAAUCGAUCACACUGGUGCCAGAAUUGAGGAGUUUCUCUAUGAGAAGCUGGACAUGAAGGCGCCGUCCAGGGUGACGAACGGAGAGCUGCUCGGCCAGUACAUGGAGGACGCAGCAGCAGAAUUUGGUCCUGAAACUCCGUACGGGAGCACCUUGGUUAAAGUAGGGGAGAGUCAGAAAAGGUUAGGAGCAGCAGAGAGGGAGUUCAUCCAGACGUCAGCCAUCAGCUUCCUCUCACCGCUCAGGAACUUCUUGGAGGGAGACUGGAGGACCAUUUCCAAAGAACGCCGUCUCCUGGAGAAUCUUCGCCUGGACUUGGAUGCUUGUAAGGCUCGUCUGAAGAAGGCCAAGGUGGCCGAGGCCAAGGCUGCCGUGGCGCCGGAUUUUCAGGAGACGAGACCCCGCAACUAUGUUCUUUCUGCCAGCGCAUCCGCGCUUUGGAAUGAAGAAGUGGACAAAGCUGAAGAGGAACUUCGAACGGCCCAAACAGAGUUUGAUCGGCAAGCAGAAGUGACCCGCUUGCUUUUGGAGGGCAUCAGUAGUACGCAUGUGAAUCACUUGCGGUGUCUUCAUGAGUUUGUGGAGGCCCAAGCAGCAUAUUAUAAGCAGUGUCAUCUCUACAUGCAAGAACUACAGAAGGAGCUGGGAAGGCUUCCCAAUGCUUUCACACUGAACUCCUCUCAGUCCAUGGCCACUCCGGACCCUGCAGCAGACGGACUCGGCAGCCCGCUGGAAACGGAUACCCUGAAGAUUGAAGAGGUUCAGGCUCCAGCUACAGGAACCCGCAAGGCCAAAGUUCUGUACGACUACGACGCCGCCGACUCCAGUGAGCUCUCUCUUCUAGCUGAUGAGCUGAUUACCGUGUACACCGUGCCGGGGAUGGACUCUGAUUGGCUGAUUGGAGAGAGGGGGAACCAGAAAGGAAAAGUGCCCGUCACGUACCUGGAGCUCCUCAGUUAGACAGCCUGUGUGCGUUUGCAUGAGUGUGAGUGGGCACACAACCCCAGCAACAUGUACAUUCUCUUCUAUUUAAAUGAAUUUUACAAUAUUGCACUAACGUGUACCGUUCAGCAACACUCCUUCACCAUAUGCAUUAGCUAAAGUUGAGCACACACAGACACAGAGAUAUUGUCAUGCCGUGGAGGAUGCAGUGGACAGGAAGUCAUUGUUAUUGGGACAUUCCUUUUAGAUUGUUUGGAUCAUUUUUUUCCUUUUCCUUAUUUUGUCAGCAUUGUGUUUUUUUUUCCUAUUUAUUGUGAUACGUCUUAAAGACUCAGGCAUCCAAGUUUCUCUAUGUAUUGCUUUUUAAGUGUCUUUACUGCGGUUUGCCUUCAUUCAUCAAGUCUUUCCUGGACUGUGAUGGAGAGUCAAGAGUUGUAAAAACCUCUGUUCCUGUGUUGUUUAGUUUUGCUUCAUGUUUUGAGACGUAAGCGUUCACUUGCAUCUCUAUAAAAAGAUGAAAACAGGCGGUUUCAUGUCCUUGAAACUGGCAGGUGAAAGAGGAACUGAAACAUUAGUGAGGUCAAAACAUGUCCUAGUGACGCACUGAUUUCCACUUAUUGCCUGAAGUUGACUGUUUUGCAGCCACAUGAAAUACAAAAAUACGUUACUACUGUUGUUGAAUGACACUUUUUAGAUGACAGAUCUCAGGGACACUGGAGGAGGACCGUUGGGUAGGAAAUGGAAAAGUCCCUCAAAGAUUUGCCUUCACCGCUAAUUGAGAUGAAUGUAAACAUAGUUUAAGCAUCUAUGUUGGAAGAAGUCCACAUGAAUAGUUCUGUUUUCUUGAGUUUUUCCCCUCUCAUGGCACCAUGGCCCCCUGUGAAGGACGGGAAAGUUCCCACCAGAGGACGGGAGGGAAGUGGUCGCUGCAAACAGCAGAAUGUGCUCCUCACAACUCUGACCUGAAUGUCAACCACAGCCAGCAUGCAGCACCCCGACCCCCCGUGUUCAGCACCCCGACCCCCCCCGUGUUCAGCACCCCGACCCCCGUGUUCAGCACCCCGACCCCCCGUGUUCAGCACCCCGACCCCCCCGUGUUCAGCACCCCGACCCCCCCGACCUUCAGUCUUCCUCCAAUCAACAUCCUACUUUAUUCAUUCAUACAUUUAAGUGUCUUCUGUCUUAAUGUUGCAUGUGUGGUAAACUACUGGUGUGUGUGUGUGUGUGUGUGUGUGUGUGUGUGUGUGUGUGUGUGUGUGUGUGUGUGUGUGUGUGUGUGUGUGUGUGUGUGUGUGUGUGUGUGUGUGUGUGUGUGUGUGUGUGUGUGUGUGUGUGUGUGUGUGUGUGUGUGUGUGUGUGUGUGUGUGUGUGUGUGUGUGUGUGUGUGUGUGUCUGCUGUGAUGCGUUUUACUGAAAGAAGGCUUAAUCUUUUUCACUUGAAGACCACGGACAGAUGAAGGGGGAGUGGGAAUAUUUCUUCCCGUUUUGUCUCCUGCUUGCCUCACUUGUGUGUGUUUUAUUCUUUUUGUUGCCAACAAAUAUUGUUGUAUUUUAUUUUUCUUUUUUUUUGCCUGCUCCCUUCUGAACGAGUGAAAUGUCUGGGAUUUAAUAAAAGCUUUAAUUAA